GGCCGGCGCGCUGACGUCAUGCAUCGCGCUGAGGAGGAGGAGCCUCUCCCCGUAAGAGGAGGAGGAGGAGGAGGAGGAGACAAGAUGGCGGAGGCUUCCCCGCAGCCGGGACGGUACUUCUGCCACUGCUGCUCGGCCGAGAUAGCCCCGCGCCUGCCGGAUUACAUUUGCCCGAGGUGCGAAUCUGGCUUUAUCGAAGAGUUGCCUGAAGAACCUAGGAAUGUUGAAAAUGGAUCCAGCUCUUCAGCAUCGACCAGCGAUCAGAGCAGGCAUCCGUUCGAGAAUGUGGAUCAGCAGGUAUUCAGCCUGCCGCAAGGCUACGGCCAGUUUGCCUUUGGGAUCCUCGACGACAGCUUUGAGUUUCCCGCCUUUGGGACCAACGCGCAGCCUGAAGACAGCCGGGAGGCUGAGAACCGGCGUGAGAGGGAACACCAGUCUCGGCACAGAUACGGCGCCAGGCAGCCUCGGGCACGCUUCACCGCGCGGCGUGCUGCUGGCAGGCACGAGGGAGUCCCCACGCUAGAAGGAAUCAUCCAGCAACUGGUCAACGGCAUUAUCGCACCCACCACGAUACCGAACCUGGGAGUGGGGCCUUGGGGGGUCCUGCAUUCGAAUCCCAUGGACUACGCUUGGGGUGCCAACGGCUUGGAUGCCAUCAUUACCCAGCUGCUCAAUCAGUUUGAGAACACGGGACCCCCCCCUGCAGACAAAGAGAAGAUUCAGGCCCUCCCAACUAUUCACAUAACAGAAGAACACGUAGGUUCCGGUCUGGAGUGCCCCGUUUGUAAGGAAGAUUAUGAAGCUGGUGAGAGCGUGCGGCAGCUCCCCUGCAACCACCUGUUCCACGAUGGCUGCAUCGUCCCCUGGCUGGAACAGCACGAUACCUGCCCGGUGUGUCGGAAAAGUUUAAGUGGACAGAACACAGCCACAAACCCCCCGGGACUCUCGGCCAUGAAUUUCGCCUCCUCCUCCUCCUCCUCUUCCUCCUCCUCUUCCAGUUCACCAAGUAAUGAAAACACUGCUAACAACUCGUGAAAAAAAAAAAUCUUUUGAAACACAAGGAAAAAAAUGUCGCCGCCACUCUCGUGCCCUUUUACUGAUGUUGCUAGCCUUUCUCUCCCAUCAGGCGAAAUAGGGCGAGGGGUGCCCCCCCCCCACCAGAACACAAAGCAAAAAGGUGCAGGGGGGCAGAAGGGUCCCUUCUGAAGUUCCCCCUUGGGAACCCUGAUGACACCGAGACCCUCUCUUCUCCCACAACUCCCCCCCCCCGGGGUGCUCGGUGUUAAAUCUCACAUUUUCUCAAGGGCGGGGGCGAUGAGGAGGGCCCAUCCUUUUUAAAAUGUGUGCUGCUGUGCGGACUCUGGCCAAACAGCGCCGUGUGAAAGAGCGGCAGGGAUCGGAACAUGGAUAGCACUGAAGUGAGGGGGGCAGGGGGGGCACAGUUCUAAAGGGGCGUUCAGAAAUUGUUUCUCUUAAUGUUUUUUUAAUGAUUUUUUUUGUCUCAGUUCUUUAAGCCUUGGAAAUGUAAUUGAUAUUCUCUUUCCUCUCUUCCCCACCCCAUGGAUUUUCUAUAGUGGGGGGGGAGGUCAUGAAGCAUUCUAGCUAGUUGCCGCUGAGGAAAAAUUACAGCCAGGCGAGAGGUUUGGGGGAGGGCGGGAAGAGAAUAUCAAACAAUUGGAUCCCAUUUCUUGACUCUGGUUUAACUCUUCCUCUCCCCCCCCCCCGUGUAACAUCGCCCUUUUUGGCAAUUUAACAUUGAAAAAGGGUUUUUUUAUAAUUUUAAAUUAUUACUGCUGUUAAAUAAAUGGACAUUUCAGCUUGA